AUGUCCACCAACGACGAUCACGAAACAAUGACCAUGGUCGAGGUCGAUGCUGCUGCCAUGGAGAAGGACGUGGAUAUCGACAGGACUUCGGAUGAGCAUGAGACGGUGAAUAAUGCAGAGAAAGAUGCACAGAAAGACGUGGAGAAGGGCGCUCCCGCCGGAAGCGAGAACGAGAACGAGACGGCAGCAGACCCGAACAUCGUCGACUGGGACGGUCCUGACGACCCUGCCAAUCCUCGCAACUGGUCCAAGGCAUACAAGUUGACCAACGUGGUGCUCGUCAGUCUGGCAGUUCUGUACACCAACCUGGCCACGACCGUGUUCGCCCCCGGUGCCAACGUGAUGCAGCGCGAGUUCGGCUUCAAGAGCGACACCGUCGAGAUCCUCACCAUCACCAUGGCGUCUCUGGGUUUCGCCCUGGGCCAGCUGUUCGUCCCGUCGCUGUCCGAAGUCUUCGGCCGGGUGCCGGUCUACCGUGCGAGUUCUGUCUUUUACCUGGGAUUUACUGCUGGCUGUGCGCGCAGUACCAAUGUCGCCGAGUUUCUUGUCUUCCGCUUGUGCACCGGCAUCGCUGCUGCUUCCUAUAUAUCGACGGGGGGUGGAACGGUUGCUGAUCUUCUGCCGAAAGAGGAGAGAGGUCUUGCGAUGGCUCUAUUUACUGCUGGGCCCCUCUUUGGUCCUGUUAUCGGCCCUAUCAUAGGAGGAUUCGUUACUGAGAACUUGAGCUGGAGAUGGUCCUUCUAUCUCAUCCUAAUGAUGGCCGGCGCCGUCACCAUUGCCUCCUUCAUCUUCAUGCGCGAGACGAGCGCUGUCACCAUCCUCCGACGCAAAGCCGCUCGUCUCGCGAAAGAAACAGGCAAUCCGAAUCUGCGCGCUGCAGGUGACAAACAGACCCCGAUCCCCCAUCUCGUUCUUCACACCAUCAUCCGCCCCGUCAAGUUCCUGAUCAUGUCGCCCAUCCUCUGCCUGAUCGCCCUCUACAUCGCCUUCAACUUCGGCGUGACCAUGCUCCUCUUCGCCACCUUUCCCACUGUGUUCGAGGAGACCUACCACUGGAGCGUGGGCAUUUCCGGCCUGGCGUACAUCGGCAUCGGCGUCGGCUGCGCCAUCGGGAUCUUCAUCUUCGGCAAGUUCAGCGAUCGCGUGCUGCGUGGUAACGGGGGCCCGUCCAAUCCAGAGCGCCGGUUGAUCCUGAUGAUGUAUGUCUCUCCGCUACUCCCCAUCGGCCUUUUCAUCUACGCGUGGACGACCGAGUAUAAGGUGCACUGGAUUGUGCCACUGAUCGGCACUGCCAUCGGUGGGCCGGGCGUGGUUGUGAUUACUUCCUCGUCACAGACGUAUAUCAUCGAUAUCUUCGGACCCCAGGCAGCUGCCUCUGCUAUGGCUGGUAUCAAUUUGCUGCGUAAUCUGCUGGGUGCUUUUCUGCCACUUGCUGCUCCGCCUCUCUACUCCAAUCUGCACAUGGGAUGGGGAAAUAGUGUGUUGGCCUUUAUUGCUAUGGCGUUUAUUCCUGUGCCGUUCUGGUUUUACUGCCAUGGACGAUGGCUGCGUGAAAAGUUUCCUGUUAGGCUUUGA